CAGCUGGAUUUCGUGUGCAUACAAUUUGUACGAACAACAUGGCGCAGCUGACACUGACAGCCGAUCGCCUCCCGGAAAACUCCGUUUCUCUGGACAAAAUCUUGUCGGCUUUUGACGGUCCCCUAAACGAAGAGCAAGCAUGGGCCGUGUGCUACCAAUGUGCCCAGUUUCUGAAGGUGUCGUGGCCGGGGAGAGAUACUGACAGGGGAUUUACUCUGGACGGUGCCGAAGCGGUUCGAGUGCACAAGGAUGGGUCUGUCACGGUCACCGCGAUUGAGACGGACUCGAUGCGGGACGACGACGACGAAAACACGGCAGAUUUGACGGAAGAGAUAUUUCACACAGAACCAGAGAUGGUGAAUGCCCUGGGCCGCAUCGUCUACCAUGCCCUCGACUACGGUUGCCAUGAGGAGGAAGAACGGGUCCUGAGCGACCCCCUGGAGGAUCUGAUUGACCAGAUGACCAACAUGGGAGAGGAGGGUCCAGACAACGAUGAAGAUGAUGACAGGAAGAGCCAGGGAAGCACCAACACCGACGAAGGCAUCGUGGAUGGACACGAGUCGGACGAACUGGAUGAAAAUGAGAACAGCAAACCAAGGAGGCUUUCCACGUUUGAAGACGUCGCAAAGUUUUGUAGCCGACAUUUACUAGAGCCAGAGGGAGCCUCGACCCAUUACCAAGCUGUGUGCCGAGCAUUGCUGACAGAAGCACAAGAUCUCACCCAGUUCCUUCAAGUCAUUGCAUCAAGUACAAAGAGUUUACAAAGUCUACAUGCCGAACAUGGUGACGAUGAUCAAGAUGCGCAUUUAGAAAACAUCAAACCAAAGCAAUGGGCUAGGAUUUGGAUGCAGGUUCUGCAGCAGCUCAGGCAAGGAGUCAAGCUCAAGGAGAUCAGUGAUACCUGUACCUCCCAUCGUAGCCGCAUCCCCAUCGAGUAUGAGCUGACUCCCUACGAGAUCCUGAUGGAUGAUAUACGAUUCCACAAGUACACGCUCAAACAAGUCCUGGUGAAUGGUGACUUACCCCCUAGGGUGAAGAAGGAGGCCCAUGAUGUCAUACUGGACUUCAUCCGGUCCAGACCACCCCUCAAACCAAUACCUAAGGAUAGUCGACUUCCUUUGAGGACAGAGAGUUUAUACGAGAGAUUACUGAACGACAUCCGAUCCAGACCCUCAUUGGCUCCUGCCUCCAACAGAGUCAUCCCAGAACGGAAACUCAAGCCCAAGAAGAAGAAGAAGAAGUCCAAAGCCCGGCCCAGGAUGCGCCAUCAGAGUACCAGUGAGGGCAGCUGUGCCUCCAGCGUGGACUCGGAGGAUCUAGAGAUAUUUGAUACCUCACCGGAGCUGCCCAGGAAAGUGCUACGCGCCGAGAUCACAUUGGAUUGGUCGGAUGAGGAUGAUGUGACUUCGUCAGAUACCAGCCAGCUCACCAUCACGCCACGGAACGAUGACUUGGAUUUGACCCCUCAGCCUAGGAGAGAUCAGUUGAAGCCCUUCUGGCGACUGGAAACUCUCAACGCUCCCAGCUUCGACACCUUGUUGUCACCUGAUUCUUCUGUGACGCCAACCAACGAAGAAGACGACGGCGCGAGGGAGAGUGACGUCGACGAACAACCGCACGAAGAAGAAGAAGAGGAACCGAUGCCUAAACAAGAGAGUCCCAGACGACACAGUAUAGCCAUCUGCCAAACGCUCACACAGCUCUCAAGUCAUUCGGAGCGAUACAUUCCACCAGAAUGUCUGGCUUUGACCGUGGAUGAGGUAAUUCACAUCAGGAGCGUCCUGGUCAAAGCUGAGAUCGAGAAUCUUAGAGUCAACCCAAAGAUUCACAACGGUGUACUCAGAGAAAAGAUUUGUUUCUCUUGCAAAAAGAAGUUUGCACUUUUCAAGCGCAAGAGUAGAUGCAAGCUAUGCAAAAGGCUGAUCUGUACCAUCUGCACCAAGAAGAUGUACCUGCCACGCGGGCACUUCCUCCAGAUUCCCAUCGAGUCACUGAGUCCCACGAGUCCCAAGAAGAGCCCAACAUUCGGGGGACACAACUCACAACUGUACAAAAGCCACUCGGAGCCCCCCACCCCCUCAGUAAGCCCUGAGGGGUCCCCCAGGCUAUGGAGGCGAGAAAGGCAAACCAACAUCCCCAAGGAGCAACUGGACAUGGUCUGCUGUGAAUGCAAAGACUUCUUGAAGGAAGCGGUGCGGGCCAGCCAGCAGGCCAGCCGCAUCAACGGCACCAGCCACCAGGGGACGGAGUUCAAGCUGAACUCGCCCCCGCGGCUACCUAAACAGUGCAGUGUGGACAGCCAGCACAGCCAGCACAGCCAGCACAGCCAGCAUAGCGCACACAGUGAUAGGAGCACAGGCAGCAACCGAAGCGCACAUAGUGACAGAAGCCUUCACAAACAGGACAGCAGACACAGCGAUACUGAAAGCGGCCACACAGACAAUACAUGAGGGUUAAUGUUCAUCCUUUCGUCAUUUUAAAAUGUGACUCUUCAUAGUUAUGCUCAUUUGUCAGUAGUCUAUGUAAUAGUAUUACAGGCAACCACAUUUGCCGAUUAAUUAGGCAAGACCCCGCAUCUUGACUUCCUAGAUUUCGACCAGUCAGCGGGCGCUUUCUAUAGGCCCAUCGG